UACUAAUUUUUCUACAGUAACAAUAAUUUGAGCAUUAGCACAUGCUUGUAAUUCCAUUUUAUCCCUCCGUUACUUAAAGAAAUUUAUUUAUAAGUAAACAAAAACUAAAAGAUAUGGCAAUUUUAAAGAAUUUCAAACAAUCGUCUGAAGUUUGGUGUAAAUGAAAAUAUAAUUGUUAUUGAAGUUUCGCUUAAAUAAAAAAUGAAGAGAUAAUGGGAACGAAUAUAUUACGAUUUUAUCUAUAUCUAAUUAGGUUGAUUGGUAUAUAUAUUUUUUGUAAGGUAAUAAUUAUAUGCAAUGUGCAAGCAGAAAAUUGUGAUAAAACACGGAAAGUAUUAACAUCUAAUAUUGGUGAAAUAUCACAUGGAUCUAAUGCUAAUUACACUCAAGAUUCACAUUGUGAAUGGUUAAUAAAAGCACAAAACUCGAGUCAAUUUAUUACCCUAAAGUUCCAUAGUAUGGCAACAGAAUGUUCUUAUGACUAUAUUUUUGUAUAUGAUGGCGAUUCAUUUAAUUCAAAACUUUUAGGAAGUUUUAGCGGUCGAACAGAACCGCAAAAACUUGUAGCUACCUCUGGAAAUAUGUUAAUAUUAUUAUAUAGCGACACUAACUAUGUUCUUGAAGGAUUUCAUGCAACUUAUUACAUAUCGAAUUGUUUAAAUAAUUGUAAUAAUAAUGGUAAAUGUAUCGGACAUCAUUGCGUAUGCCAUGGCGAAUGGUUAGGACCAGAUUGCGAAAAUCAAGCUUGUCCUGAUCGCUGUGGUGAAGAUUUUGGCCGAGGAAAAUGUGUUCAUGGAAUUUGUCAAUGCAACGAGCAUUUUAGUGGUAGAUAUUGCGAUUUGAAAAAGUACCCUUUAGGAAAUAACUGGCACUGGCUGGCCAGUGAAAACGAAGGGUUUACAAAAAGGGCUUCUCAUACUGCUAUAUAUUUAGAAGAGCGAGAUGCACUUUAUGUUUUUGGGGGAUAUGAUUUAAAUAAUGUUUUAAGUUCUUUAGAGAUCUACAACUUUAGUAAAAGCCGCUGGGAAGACGAAUGGGGGAUUCCCCUUCAAAACCGUUUCCACAAUAAUUACACAUCAAAAAUUGAUAACACAUUGCUAAAAGCCGUAUUAUCAAAUAAAAAUAAAGAUGAAGCAAAAUUAUGGGGACUCAAAACUGAUGCUUCAUUUUUUAAAUACAUUUUAUACACAUUAGCUGAGUCUAAUAUUACUGCGAAUAACAUAACAAAUGAAGAUUUAGCUACUGUCAUUGACGACAUAUUAGAAGACGUAACUGACAACCGUCCUGAUGCAAGAUAUGGACAUGCAGCAACUAAAAUAUCUUCUGGAUUCAUAAUAUUUGGGGGAAAAUUAUCCAAUGGUAGUUUUUCAAACGAAUUAUGGUUUUACAAUGCGAGUAGAAAUGGUGGAGAAUGGAUGUUAAGAGCUAAAAAAUCUAAAUUGUACCCCCCACCUUUAACUCGUCACACUUUAACUGCGGUUGGAGAGUAUCUUUAUGUUUUUGGUGGAAGUUUAGAAUCGGGGGAAUAUUCUUCAAAAAUUUUCCGAAUACGAUUUUCAUUAAAUUCAAAUGAAGAACAAUGGCAAGAAGUUUAUGCUAGAGGUGGAAAAACUUUAGACUUAAGACUAGUUGCACAUACUACGGUUUAUUAUCAAUACACCCAUUCUUUAAUUAUAUACGGUGGUAUAAUGACAAAUUUGGCGAGAUUUUCCAAAUUAUCCGAUCGAAUAUUUGCGUUUCAAUUGGAUGAACUGCAUUGGACAGAAAUCCUUUAUCCAAGAACCGCCUUAAGAGAUACAAAUAUACCACAUGAAAGAGCAUUUCAUAGUGCAACCAUUGCUGGAAAUUAUAUGAUAGUUUUUGGUGGAUAUACACAUCGACAUAAUAAAGAAGAAACUUGUUAUGAUAACCAAAUGUAUUUUUAUCAUUUGGGAUGUCACACUUGGAUUAAUCAAGAAAUUUCUUCAUCUCCUGGAAGCCAUUAUCCGAAAAAACAAGGUGUCUUCGCCCAUGCGACUUCUGUAAGACUCAAUAACACCUUAUUAAUAGUUGGUGGUUAUCACGGAAAUGUAAAUGCCGAUUUAUUCGCCUAUGAACUACCACAAAUUUUACGAGUUAAAGAUCCCACAAGGUAUUUACCAGAAAGGUUUUGCCACUAUCAUUUAACACAAAUUACGUGUUUAUCAGACCCAGAGUGUGGAUGGUGUUCGGCUGAUAGCAGUUGUUACGGGAGAACUAUAGGUGCCAACUGCACAACUAAUUUGCAAACAACUAGGUGUCCUGGGAUAUGUCCAUCCUUAGGCGAUUGUCAUUCUUGCUUAGUGCAUGGAUCAAUUCGUUUGAAGAAUUUCCCGGAUUCGUAUUCAAUAGCUAAUAAAUUGGGUUUGAACCAAUGUAGUUGGUGCGUUCAAAAUGCGAAAUGUCAUCAAAAGGACAAUAAUUUUGGAGUAUGUGGUGAACCAGAAUCACAAAUUACUGGUUGGUGGGGUAAAAGGGGGACCGAAGUAAUAAACAGAAAAAGAUGUACUUUUCAAGAUAGACGCCCGGGCCUUACCUAUAUAAAAUAUAAUUAUCCGGUUAAUUACACAAUGCCAGAUUAUGUGGCAAUUGUUAAUGCAACUAUGGCAGACUUCUCACCAACCAGUUAUGACAGAAAUUCCGCGAAAAUGGUAGCCCGUUUAAUUGGAUAUGUUCGACCUCAGGGCAAUGAAACAUUAGAUAUGUGUGUCAGUUAUGCUUCUUUAGCGACAUUAAAAACUGGAAUCGGAAAUGUGCAAGAGCACAAGUCGAAAACCACUACCAUGAUCGAUGUUAAUCAAACUACUUGUAAGCUUGUUGAGUGGACUCUUUCUGAGCCAUUUUUUGUUGAUUUUACGACAAAGCCAAAAGAAAGUGUCAUGACAAAAACUAAUAUGGAAUUACGACAUUAUGGUACUACGAAAGCGUUGACCUUCGAAUAUUUGGAGCCUUAUUCAUAUGGCAAAUGUAACAUUUAUAAAAACUGUCUCCAUUGUUUGACGGAUAUGGCUUGUGGCUGGUGUGAUUUGACUAAUAAAUGUCUACCAAGAAAUAUUACAGAAACAUUAAUUUGUAAAAAUGAAUACACAUGGCAUUAUUUAAUAAUUCAGCCACCUCAUUGUGCUAAUUGCUCUAAUUACAUUAACUGCGAAGACUGCAUCGAAACUGAAAUUUGUGAAUGGUUAUCUGAUGAAGCUAAAUGUUCCAGAAUUGGACGUUCUCAAGCAGCAGUACGUUUAGGAGUAAAUACAUGUCCUGUACAAUGCAAGCUUCGUACAAAUUGCUUGGAUUGUUUGAAUCAACAGGGAAGAUGCGUGUGGUGUGAGGCAACGGAACAGUGUUUUAGUUUUAGCGUAUACACAAGCGAAUAUCAAUUUGGUAUAUGUCGAGAGUGGCUAGAUAAAAGUUUUUCUAAUCCUAAUAUUGAAAAUGUACAGAAUAUAACUUCAGUUCAAAGUAAUAAAUGUAGAACUUGUUCUCAGCAUAAAAAUUGUGUAAGUUGCCUUAAAAACUUAGGUUGUGGUUGGUGCUUCAAUAAAGAAAAACCAAUAGAUGGUGCGUGCAUGCGGGGUGAUUUUAGCCAAUCAUAUGAAAAUUGUAGCUUAGAAUUAAAUAUUGACAUUUUAAAAACAGAAUGGGCAUACUCUCAUUGUCCGGAUGUCGAUGAAUGUGCACUGAAAAUAGAUAGUUGCAGUCAAAAUGCUGAGUGCAUAAAUACCGAUGGUUCAUAUGAAUGUCAUUGUCGCAGAGGUUUUAUUGGAAAUGGUAGAACUGAAUGCAAAAGAACUUGUUUCGAGAAAUGCCAAAAUGGAGUUUGUUCUGGUUCUCCAGGUUAUGAAUGUCAAUGUUUUAAAGGAUGGACGGGAGUUGAUUGCAGUAUAGAUUGCGGAUGUUAUAAUCAUUCAACUUGUGUCGUCAGCGUUGGCAUUUGUGAUCAAUGUGAAGAUUGGACUGAAGGCGAACACUGCGAGCGAUGCCGACCUGGCAGUUAUGGCAACGCAACUUCGAGUGAAGGUUGCUCACCGUGCAGUUGUAACAACCAUGGAAAUAAAAAUUUAGGAUUAUGUGAUAGAAGAACUGGACAAUGUUUUUGCCAAGAUAACACUGGAGGUUUUAGAUGCGAAGUUUGUAACGCUCAAUAUUAUGGUGAUCCAACAAUUGGUCAAUGUUACUAUCAAUGUGAAAAUCGUGGUAUAUUAACUCAAUUGGGAGUACAAGGGUUAGGCUCUCACCAAUCAUAUAAAGCUCCGUGGGGAGGUCGAGAAAUUGAUGAAUGUUUGUGGUUGAUUACUCCAAAAAAAAUAAAAGAAGAACCUGUCAUUCAAAUUGAUAUCGAAUGGGAAAAUUUAAAUGUGAAAUGUGAUAAUAAUGCAAUUUAUAUCUAUGACAGUUUACCCGAUUUGUCUGGAAAUAUUCAACAAGGGCAAUUGAUUUCCAUAGUAUGUAGUCCAUAUUCGGCUCCUGUAAGAAUAGAAACAAAAUCGAAACACGUAUCGGUUUAUUACAAUAAAGGUGGGGACCGGAAUAAUGGUUUCAAAGCUAUAUAUAAAGUAAUGAAUUGCGAUGAUAAUAAAAUUUGCGGUUGCCCUACCGGGUGGGUUGGUUCUAAAUGUGAAAAAGAAAUUUGCCCAAAAAACUGCACUGAAAAUGGUCAUUGUAAUCACAACUAUGGUAUUUGUAUAUGUAAUUCUGGUUAUGGUGGAACAGAUUGCUCAACUAAAAUCGAGUCAAGUAAUUUAGUUGUAACAGAGCUCUUUAAUACGAUUUACUUAGGUGAUAAUUUUGAACACUUAAGAAAAACUAUUCCGAGAUUUGGACACUCAUUAAAUGCCGAUAAACGAGGUUCAUUGUGGAUGUUUGGAGGUUACUCUUUAUCAAACGGACCCCUGAAUGACAUUAGACAGUUUGACACAAAAAAUGGUACUUGGAUGCAAGUCACAGUUGAAUCUGAACCUAAUGAUAAGAUGCCUCAGGGGAGAUAUUUCCAUGCUUCAGAAAUUUCUUUGUCAAAGCAAGUUAUUUACGUUUAUGGUGGUUUAACAAGCUAUAAAAAAGGUCAGCCUAAUCAAAUUUUGAAAGAUUUUUGGCAAUUUUCUAUACAAAACCAACGAUGGGAUGAAAUUGAAACAACUGUCGAAUCAAUUAUUAAUGGCGAUAAGCCUCCGUCUUUAGCCGGGCACACACUGACUUAUUUGAAAAUCGGAGAGAAAGAAUCGCUUCUAUUAAUUGGAGGAAUCUCGAGCAAUUUCGAUAUGAUACAAUUGCAACUUUGGGAAUUUGAAAUCGAAACAAACCGAUGGCAACGCAUAAAAUCGAGUGGAGCAAAAAUUCCAGCUUUAUUCGGACAUAGUGCUGCUUUUCAUGGGACAUCCUCAAUAGUAUAUGUAUUUGGUGGUUAUGCUGAAAAUAGAAGCCAAAAUAAACUAUAUGCCUUAGAUUUGAAAGAAAUGAAAUGGGCAGAGCUUCCAGUGUUCAGUGAACUAUAUGCCCCAGAAAGCAUUUUACCCCUUUCCAGAUAUUUUCAUUCUGCUAUAACGACAGAGUUUUACAUGAUAGUUUUUGGGGGAAGAACAUAUCCGUAUUCAUCAACUGACAUUUUAAAUGCAUAUAUCUUUGAAUGCAACAGCUGGGUGAAAUUAACUGAACAAGUUAAAAUUAUUGGAAAUUUACCAUCUUAUACAUAUGGCGAAGGAAUGACCAUUGAUCAAGAAACUAAAUCUGUGUAUAUAGUUGGAGGUUGGGAUGGUACAUCACAAAGUCGUGUAACUAAAAUUCAAUUACCCGAAGACUUAUGCCAGUUGUGGAGCUCCACCAAAGCUGUUUGUAGACAUCAUAUUGGUUGCAGUUUUUGUAAUAUUACAAACGAUGCUAUGGAAUCUACACAUUUUUGUUUUAGAAAUGGUAAUAACAUUUGUCACGGACGUGAGGGGACGUUAUCAUACAAUCAUGGUGCAUUAUGUGAUGCUUCUUGGAUCGCUCGUCGUAACUGUUCAACAUUCAGUGCAUGUUCAGCUUGCUUGGCCUUUUGGCCCUUACAUGAAGAAUCUACUUCUGUAUGCCAAUGGUGUGAAAGCUACAAUACAGAAGGCAAAUGUUUACCUGCAAACAUUGAAUGCCCAAAUUCUCAAGGUUAUAAUAAAUCUAUAACAAUAAAUAAAUUAGAGAAAUGCUUACCCGAAUGUCAAAAACUGGAUUGUGAGACUUGUUCAUUAUAUAGUGAUCACUGUCAAUGGGCGGUUGUCAAAGACAUACGUGUGACUGAAUGUAUAAAAAAAGAGUUAAUAGAAAAGAAUUUUGGAAAUUAUAAAGUUUUGACCAAAUGUCCAAUGAAGUGUGAAGAAUUUAAAAGUUGUAAGUCAUGUUUAAGCAUAGAAAGUGAAAAUUAUUUGUCAUGCAAAUGGUCAACCGCCUUACAUGCCUGCAUAAAUCCAAAUAUUCAGCCACUUUAUUGCGCAGGGGGUGUUUGCGGUCUCGUAUUAGAUUCAAUGAAAGACAUUGAUCAAUGUCCAAGUUCCUGUUAUUUUCAUAAUCAAUGUUCAUUAUGUUUAAGGCACGCCAAUUGUGGUUGGUGCUCUAAAGAAGGUUCUAAUGGAGAUGGAGUUUGUGUCGAAGGUCUAGUGGAAAAUUACUCUUCUUAUCAACCAACAACCGAUUGCAACAAUCACUAUGCAUCUUUUAAAAACUUAUCAGUUGACGUAUUGAAGAAUGAUAAAUUUGUCUGGAAUUACCUAACAUGCCCCUUGGAAAAUGAAUGUAAUAAUAAUCAUCAUCAAUGUAACCCAACCUCCCAGAGAUGCCUUGAUAUACCAGUAGGAUAUAAAUGUGUGUGCGCAGAAGGUUAUAGAGAUGAAAAUGGAAUAUGUAUUCCAGUUUGUAAAUUAGGCUGUGAAAAUGGGGAAUGUGUUUCCCCUGACGACUGUAAAUGUAAUUUUGGUUAUGUUGGACCAAAUUGCUCCAUAGCUUGUGAAUGUAAUGGGCAUUCUGACUGUUCCGGGCCAGAUCAAUUAAGCGAGUGUUUGUACUGCCAUAAUAAUACAAUGGGGUUGCAGUGUGAGAAAUGUAAACCACUUUUCGUUGGUAACCCUAAAAAUAAAACAUCUUGUGUUCCUUGUAAGGAAUAUUGUCAUGGCCAUACAGAUGUAUGUGUUUCAAAAGACGAAGAAAUUUUAGCAAGUAAUAUGAGUCGUAAUCAAAUAGAAAAGAAUUUGAAAGAGGGACCGAAAGCUAAUGCGGUUUGUAUGAAUUGUGGCAAUCAAACAGAUGGAGAACGGUGUGAAACCUGUGUUCUAGGAUAUUUUCGGGGAUCAUAUAACAUGUAUGAUAUAUGCAGGCCCUGCGAGUGUCAUGGACACGGCGAUAUUUGUGAUCGAAUAACUGGUGAAAAAUGUAAUUGUGGUAAUAACACAGAGAGUGAUUCUUCUUGCAUGAGUGGUAAUAAAAAUUCAGCUCAACAAUGUUGGAGUUUUCAGUGCUCUAAAUGCAAAGAUUCCUACGCAGGUAAUCCUGUUGACGGUCAUCAAUGUUAUAAACAAAUAAGUGUAGAAGUAAGAAUGUGUUUCGAUGCUUUACCAAUAGAACAAUGUAAAUUGAAACCCUCUCCGUUGCGGCCUGGUCAAACAGUAUUUUUUGUAAUACAACCACGAUUUAUGAAUGUUGAUAUUCGAAUUAUGAUUGAUGUUACCCAAGGAGAAUUAGAUGUUUUCAUGAGUCCGCAAGACGAUUCUUUUGUCGUAUUAAAUAAUCAAAGUAAUGAGUACCAUGAAUUAUUCUUAGAUAAUAAAUACCGUUGGGUGACUGAAAGGGACUCGGAUCUUACAGAACCACUGAAUAUUGUUCAGCCAAAGUUUGAUAAUACGACUAAUACUAUCGUUAGUCAAAAACUAUGGACACCUUCAAUUCGUGAUUGUAAGUCACUAGAUGGAGAAGGUUUUUAUGUAAAAGAUCAACGUGCUAAAGAUUUAAGUACUUACAUAACUUUAAACCAGUGUAAUACAGUUUUACGUUUAUUUAAUUUGAAAAAUCGUUUAGUGUUAACAUUGCCACAAACUGCUCAUAAUUUGAGUGCAACCAGAUUUUUCAUAGCUUUGAGAUCAAAUCCAAAUGCAGAAGGUAGCUACGGAUCAAUUGUGUUUCGGCAAGAUCAACUACACAUUGAUCUGUUUGUAUUUUUUUCGGUAUUUUUUUCCUGCUUUUUUCUAUUUUUAGCCGUUUGUGUUGUCGCUUGGAAAGCUAAACAAGCGGCCGAUAUGAGACGAGCUCGUCAACGUCAUGUGGAUGAAAUGCUACAUAUGGCGCAAAGGCCUUUUUCUUCUAUAUUUGUAACAAUUCCGCCAUAUAACAAAAUUGAUUAUGGCGACUAUACGCCAAUGACAAUACGCAAAGGACGACAUCGCUUAAAAUCUGCAACACAAUCAUCAGCAACAGUUGCCACCUCAGCACCAAAUUCUACUAGUUUUAUUCGUCCUCUCGCUUUUGAGCCAACUAGUGAUAACAUAGCAUGGGUUGGUACAGUUCUAAUAAGUCUUCCAGGUAAAUAUAAAGCUCCGGUAGGGUUAGCAUUAGGGUCAACACUUAUUACGUUACCACGACAAUAUCCACUAAUUAUUCAAUAUCCGAGACAUAUUAAUAAACAACAACAGCAAACACAUUAUAGAAGUUCUCAUUUACAACCAGUAUCAUCUAAUAGUAUAUUGGCAUCAUCUUCAUUAGGUAUGGCACCUUCAAUUCAAACACAACAACAUACGCAUGAAAUGGGACCCGGUGCUAUGGAAUUAGGUGAUCUGUAAUUAUCAUUUCAGUUAGGUUAAAUUAUUAUUACAAGUCUAUAAUAGAGCAUUGAUUUCGUCAUUAAUUCGUUUAUUGAAUAAUAAUUUUUAGGCUUAGAAUAGAAUAAGUAAUUUAUAAAGAGAAAAAAACCAAUCCUAUUUAAGCUUUAUAUAAAUAAUGAACCUUUUAAAUUUUUCUUUCAAGUACAUAUUUUCUUUAUAAAAAUUAUUUAAAGUCUAAUGAAAUCUUUUUUUAAGCCUUAUCCAAUGAAAUUUACUACUUAAAAUUAAGAACUUUAUUUAAUUUUUUACCAUUAAA